CAGACGAAUUGCUUUCGCCGAGAAUGGCAAUGAUUGAAAAUAUUUUGAACUCUACAGAAGCUUCUGAUCUCGACAAACUUCUGCAAAGUUUUGAGUUUGACAACAAGCAAUAUGUAAAACUGAUAGAGAAGGAAAAUCAACAAAUCGAAGCAUAUAUGAAAGAAACAGAAGUGAAACAAAAUAAUCUGAUGCAGUUACAGUUAUUGAUAUCAAAAUUAGACGAUGAUACCAAACGUUCACACAGACAGUUUACACAGAAUAGAGAAAACUGUGAAAGUCUGAGAAAAACAACUGUAGUUUUGAUGGAACAUGAAGUAGCACUACAUAAAAAACUGACAUCUAUAUAUUCUACUGGAGAGAAUGAUAGAAGUGAAAGAGCAGGCGUUUUACAACACUAUAGAAAUAUAUGGGAAGAUUAUUCAGCAACAUAUAAGAGAUUUCCCCUGGCUAUUAAACUACAGAAGAAACAAGACGAGUUUGGGGUAUUAUCACAACAGGUAGAAUCUGCUAGACAACAGGCUGAUCAACUCAAAGAAAAGAUAACACUAGCUCAAGACGAUGAAGCAGAUGAAAUGGAAUCUGAUAUAGCUUUAUUGAAUACCAAUAAUAAUGAAGAAAUUGGCAUGGAAACAGAUAAAACUAUACAACCGAUGGAAGGUCAAGAUAGUCAAUUGUUAAAGGAGAAGGAGAGCUCGACGCAAAGAGAAGAGGCCAACGGAGAAACUGAUCGACAGCCGAUGGAAGUGACCGCUGUCAACCCUAACCAGUCACUCAACAGAAGAGGGAACAACCGAACUAACUCAAGUGGAUCUACUACCUUGACUUCAGUGCCUACAAUACCAUCUAUCAAUCAGAACGCAAAAUCCUCGCCAUCGCCUUCAUCAAAUAUUUCCAAAACUCCUACCAUAAGACCACACUCUGAUCAUGACAACAACCAACAACGCUUUAAUAAUAUGCAGAUUACGCCUCGACCGAGAACUCCUAUUAUUCUGACUCCAAGAAUUCCCAAUCUCCUGGCACCCCGUCCUCCCCGCCAUCAAGGUACAGGAAGACCGCAUUACCCGCUAACAAUGAUGCAAGAAACAAGAGGACUAAGAUCUUUCUCUCCGCAAAUACUAAGAUCUCCAAUGAUUCGAAGCCAGAUACCAAAUAUACAAUCUCCUGUUCGACAAACAGUAAUCCAAAACAAGUCACCUCAAGUGACAGAGAAGAAGAAGACACCAACAGUGACAAACAGUCCUAAAACACCAAAGAACUCUUCUGCUAACUCCAGCUCGUCCAAUAGUCCUUUUGAUCUCGACAAACACCUAGAGAAGAUGCAGAAUUUAAAGAAAUCGCCUGGAUUCAUGCCUCUGAAGAGUAGAGCUAUGUUUGAUAAUCAGGGCGAUUGCGUGAUAUCAAGUCCCGCUGCUGGUUUUCUUCAAACUUUUAACCAGAAUAAUAAGAUGACUGCAGAAGCACAGGCAACAGGACGACCAGAAUUCAAUAUGUCAUUAUUCUCAAAUAUCUCAUCACCUGAAACCGCAAAUUCCUCCGUAUUUAGUUUUGGUGUCGACUCCAUGACUGCAGAACCAGGAUCUGAUACCGCGAACAGCUUUAUGGGUUUCUUUGAAGGCAGUGGAUCUAAUAACGACAAAGAAGAUACGUCUGGAUUUUCAUUCAACUUUAGUGGUAAUGAUACUGGAGCUAAGUCUCCUGAGUCAACUGAAGGUUUUACGUUUAAUUUUGGUGGUUCUUCAGAACAACAACCAUCUUCUGUCUUCAGUUUGUUUUAAUGUUUGAACUCAAACGUUUUCUUACUUUCCUUAUAUUUAUGACUUUAAAUCGUUACUUUCUAUAUUUGUUAAAUUUUACGUACUAGCCUAAUGAUACAACUAAAGUUGCCAAAUACAUGUACAUGU